CUCAUCGGAAGUUUGAAGUUUAAGUGAGCGACUAAGAGACACAUUAUCACAGUCAGUGAUUUUCACCUGUAAUCUACUAAAGUUUAGGUUUAAUCUCAAUGAAACUCUUUUUUUUUGUCACUAAAAAUAACAGAGUCAGACGUUUAUAACCAUGUAAGUGUUGGAUCGCCUUUAAAGGUAACACGGAAAUGUCUGCUGGAACCGCUUCGCUCUUCUUGACUUUGCUGUUUGUCGUGUUCGUCUGUGCAGACAAGAAAAACAUCACAGCUGAUUCUGGACAGGACGUCACUCUGACAUGUCGAGCUCCAAACAACAACAUCAAAAGUGUAGAGUGGAGCAGAGCUGACCUGAGAGAUAAAAAUGUGCUUUUGUACCACAAUGGUCACUUUGCUCCAUCCAACCAGCAUCCAUCUUUUAAGAAUCGGGUGGAUCUGCAGGACAGACAGAUGAAGGAUGGAGACGUGUCUUUGAUUCUGAAGGAUGUGACGAUUAAUGACACUGGAACAUACAAGUGUCGUGUCUCCAUGGAAGAAACAGACUCAUGGAAAUCCAUCAACAGCACCAACCUGAGAGUUGUUCCUCCAUACCCAAAGAUCAUUACAGUUAAGGCUGGACAGGACGUCAAUCUGACAUGCCGAGCUCCAAAAAACAAGAUCAGAGUUGUAGAGUGGAGCAGAGCUGACCUGGGAGAUGAAUAUGUGCUUCUGUACCGGGCUGGAAGCAUUACUCCAGCCAACCAGCAUCCAUCUUUUAAGAACCGGGUGGAUCUGCAGGACAGACAGAUGAAGGAUGGAGACGUGUCUUUGAUUCUGAACAAUGUGACGAUUAAUGACACUGGAACAUACAUGUGUGGUGUUGCCCAAAAAGAACCAAACCAAGAGAGACCCAAUUUGAAGCUCAUCAACAGCAUCUACCUUCAUGUUGAUCCACCAGGUCAGACAGGAGGACAAGAGAAGGAUGAAGACAACAAAGAUGGAGGAAAGGAAGACAAAGAGAAGGAGGAUGGAGACAACAAAGAUGGACGGAAUAGAGGACUUCCUGAAUGGUCGAUUGGUCUGAUAGUUUUUCUGGGAAUUGUUCUUCUUGUUGUUGUUAUUGUCAAGAUCUACAAAAAACUGCAACAAUGGAAAAUAAAACGUCGCAAGCAGCCUAGAAGAUCUGUAGGGUUUUCAAAGCUGAACUCUGAGUCUCCGCUUGCUGUUCCAAAAAGUCAGAGCUGCCCAACACGAAGAAAGACAGAUGCUCAAGGACCGAAAGAAACUGAUGAUGCUGAUCUUCAUCAUCAAUCAUCUUCAUCAACUGUGAUUCAGAUGGUAUAAGAACAUAAAUGAACUCUCCUGAAAAUCCAGCAGACGGCUGUAGAAAGCUGGAUGUUCAGAGUCUGAUGUUAUUUCUCUGAUGAUCAUCAUGUUCAGACUCAGACCAACAGUGUGUGUCUGUGCUGUCUGUCAGUGACUCUGAACUACAGUUUCUUCAUCUUCAGGCUGUUCAUGAGAUUUACUGACACAAAGUCAAACUGUGUUACAAACACACAUGAAUUUCUGAGCUCUGAUCUCAGAGUCAGUGAGUGUUUUUGUGUUGGAGCUUCAGCUGUUUGUAAGAACUUGUUCUGUGAGAGAUGAACAACACAGACCUGAGAUCAGCUGUUACACACACUGAAUGAAGUGACAACACAAACGCUGUGUGAUGAUCUGAGUGUAGAUGAAGGUCUGUGGAUUCUAGACGAUCAAUAAUCUGCCUGAUUGUGUUCAGGAUCAUUGAUCAGUUACAAAUGAACGACUGAUUCUGGGAUAUAUAGAGGAUGUAUAAACUACCUUUACCUUAAGUUAAAUGCACUUAAAUUAACUUAACCUAGUUCUAAAUUAAAAACAAAAAAUAAUGAAUACAAUUGUAAGAACAUCUAUUAGAAUAUGGCUUCAAUUCAGAAGGCACUUCUGUCUGCAACAGGUUAGUAAUUUUUCUCUGCUGUUGCUGUUGCAAAAAAGGGUUAGAAGCUGUUGCUUCUAACCCUUUUUUGCCAUCUAUUUCAGAUAAAGCAUUCCAAAUGGUUUAAAAGUUUCUCCUGAAAAUAAAUUUUUUCACAAUUUAUUUUCAGGAGAAACUUUUAACACCUUUGACGCUUUGAUGAGAGAUUACAAUAUACCAACCUCACAUAUGCUUAGAUAUCUGCAAAUACGAAGUUUUGCAAAAACAUCGAUUCCUUCAUUCCCCUACCUACCUCCUAAAAAUCAACUGGAUACUAUUUUGGAAAUAGAUCCUUUUGGCAAGUGGCGAAUUUCCGUCAUAUACAAAGUGAUACAGAACUUAACCCUUUAAGACCUACCAUAGAACCAAGUCCGCCAGAGCUUAUAUUAUAUUUUUUACAUGCUGUAGUUCCAUUUUUGGGAGCAUUUCAAGUUGAUAUACAUCAAUACAACCAU